GCCUGCUUGCUUAGACGUUUCAGUUUUCCAGCUAUCCACAAAGAGAGAGAGAGAGAGAGAGAGAGAGAGAGAGAGAGAGAGAGAGAGAGAGAGAGAGAGAGAGAGAGAGAGAGAGAGAGAGAGAGAGAGGUAACUAGAAUCUAUUUAAUCGAAUGUUCAAUAAGCAACAGAAGCAUUAGGAGCAACCAUGGUGGCAGCAUCAGCCGCACAAGAAGCAGUAGUAUCAGUAGCAAGAGCAGAGGUAGCAGAGGCAGCAGCAAAAGAGGUAGCAGUGGCAGCAGCAGCAGCAGCAGCCAAUGGAACACAGGGAGCAACAGAAUGAGCACCAGAAGGGACAGCGGCAGCAGAACCGAAACCCCCACACCCCGAACGCAGAGACGUUUGAGGGCCGCAAGUUGUGGCAGCAGCGGGAAUCAGAACAGAGGAGUAGAGGAGCAGCGGAUCAAGAGAGCAUGGGACCACGGGAGCAUGGGAGCAGGGGAGCAUGGGAGCAGGGGAGCAAGGGAGCAUGGGAGCAUGGGAGGUUCAAGUGUGUGAAAGGACCAGCGGAGGAAAGUGUUGGUGACGAGGAGAGGCGGCGUUUUCACUCCUUGGUGGGCAGCCUCAUGUAUGCGGCCGUUCACACAAGGCCGGAUGCAGCCUUUGCUACCGGGCAGCUGGCUAGGGUUGUCCAAUGCCCUAAUGAAGAGCAGGUAGCAGCUGGAGAGAGAGUGGCCAAGUACCUUGGCCAAACAGCAAC